GUCCUGUUCUGUCUUAGUCAAACCUGCUCCGUGAGCACUUGGAUGGAAGUCUUCCUUUCUGGUGUCACUGGAGGAGGCUGGAAGUGAGGUGUUUUAACAGGGACAGGAUAAGCUCCAGCCUUGUUUGGUGGACCUCUACUCUGUAGUUGGGACAGGCUCUGCAGGAAUCUCCUGGAAGGCUGUGGUGACUGGUUGGUCUCCUGAAAGGUGAAGGUAUGAGCAGCCCGGAGGGGUCGGCCAGGCCUGCUCUGGUGUCAGCCAUGGCGUUUUCCCUCCUUGGUCUCUUCUUCCUCAUCAGCAAGGUAUCCAGCCUAUCUCAGCCUGUGGCAAGAGUUUUACUUUCUUUUGGAGACCUGAAGGCCUCCCAGUCAUUUGAGCACUUCAGCAUAUCUGACAAACCCAUGGACUAUAGGAUCCUACACAUGGAUGAGGACCAGGACAGGAUGUAUGUGGGAUGCAAGGACCAUGUUCUCUCCCUGGACCUUAACAACAUCACCCAUGGCACGCUUAAGUUGUUUUGGCCUGCAUCUACAAGCAAGAUAGAAGAGUGCCAAUUGGCAGGAAAGGACCCCACGCACGGCUGUGGGAAUUUUGUCCGUGUGGUGCAGCCCUACAACAGAACCCAUCUGUUUAUGUGUGGCAGUGGAGCCUACAGCCCUGUCUGUGUGUACAUCAACAGAGGCCGAAGACCAGAGGAGCAAGUGUUUUAUAUUGACUCAAGAAUGGAAUCCGGAAAAGGGAGGUGCUCCUUCAAUCCUCAAGUGAACACAGUCUCUGUCAUGAUCAAUCAAGAGCUGUUCUCCGGCAUGUACAUCGACUUUAUGGGGACAGAUGCUGCCAUCUUCAGGAGCCUGACCAAGAGAAAUGCAGUGCGUACCGAUCAGCACAACUCUAAGUGGCUUAGUGAACCAAUUUUCAUUGAUGCCCAGCUUAUCCCAGACGGAACUGACCCAAAUGAUGCCAAAUUGUAUUUUUUCUUUCGUGAGAGGUUAACGGAUAAUGAUGGAAACACUAAACACAUCCACACCAUGGUUGCUAGAGUGUGUCCUAAUGACACCGGAGGGCAGCGCAGCCUUGUGAACAAAUGGACCACAUUCCUUAAAGCCCGGAUGGUGUGUUCAGUUCUGGAGGAUGAUGGCACAGAAACACAUUUUGAUGAACUUGAGAGUGUGUUUUUGCUGGAAACGGAUCAGCCCAAAGGCUUGCUGGUGUUUGGAGUCUUCACAUCCACAAGCUCGGUUUUCAAAGGGUCAGCAGUGUGUGUGUACAACAUGGCGGACAUCCUCACUGUGUUCAACGGGCCUUUUGCUCACAGAGAGGGGCCCAACUUUCAGUGGGUGGCCUUCCAGGGACGUAUCCCCUACCCGAGGCCAGGAACAUGUCCCGGUGGAGCCUUUACACCCGACAUACACACAACUAAGGAAUUCCCAGAUGAUGUAGUGAACUUUGUACGCAAUCAUCCGGUCAUGUUCAAUGCCAUCUACCCAGUGGGAAGGAGACCCCUGGUGGUUCGUAUCGGCGCCGACUACAAAUACACCUCAGUGGCUGUGGACCAGGUCACAGCUGCAGACGGCAACUACCAGGUGUUGUUCCUGGGCACAGACAAAGGCACAAUACAGAAGGUGAUUGUGCUGCCAACCAACCGAUCCCUGCACGAAGAUCUGAUCCUGGAGGAGCUGGAAGUGUUUAAGAAUCAAGCUCCUGUUACAAAUUUGAGAAUCUCCCCCAAAAAACAACAGCUGUACAUCAGCUCUGAGUUCGGGGUCUCACAGGUCUCCCUGCACCGUUGUCACGCCUACGGCUCGGCUUGUGCCGACUGCUGCCUCGCCAGGGACCCAUACUGCGCCUGGGAUGGACUGAGCUGCUCUCGCUUCUAUCCCACUGGGAAAAGGAGAAGCAGGAGGCAAGAUAUAAUGCAUGGAAAUCCACUCACUCAGUGCAGAGGAUUCAAUUUAAAAGCUUACAGGAACGCUGUGGAGAUAACACAGUAUGGAGUGAAAAACAACACCACCUUCCUGGAGUGUGUUCCAAAGUCUCCUCAGGCGUCCAUUCGCUGGCUCAUUCAGAGGGACAACGACAGGAGAAAAGAGGUCGGUCUGACAUUUGAAGAAGUCAAGAGUCAGCAUCACCGUCUGGUGAAGCUGAAUGAUCGCGUCCUUUCCACUGAGCUCGGCCUCCUGAUUCGCUCUGUCCAGCAGUCUGACCAGGGUCUUUACUACUGUCUGACCACUGAGAACGGCUUCAAGCGCACCGUCGCUAAAAUCCGCCUUCAUGUGCUGAGCGAGGCCAUGGUGAGUCUGCUGACGGACAAGCAGCCAUCCCCUUGGGCAUGGGGCAGCUCUGUACACCCUAAGGUCCUGCUGGCAACAUUCAGCCCUGCAGAAAAUAUGGCUGUGCAGCAGUACUGCAAAGAGAGAAAAGAUUCCCAAAAGCUUCAACAGAGGCAGCAGCAGUCACAGCUACCUGGACCCCUCAGGGGGGACCUAGCCAAACUAAGGCCCCUAUUGGACCGGAGGAAGAGCCGCAACAGACGCCAUCACCUCCCUAUGGUCUGAUGCAGCAAGAUAGCAGCAGGCGAAACUGACACACAUGCCUGCCUCUGCUCCUGUGCCCUUCAAAGCAGAUCCAAACCCUCAUCUUUCUGCUCUCAGCUCAACUGCUGAGCUGCGAUGUACAAUUAAACCAGAAGGUUGGUUUGGGGAGAUUUAAUCCCUUCAAAAUCCUGUUUUCUCACCUGAGGCAAUGCGACCAGAUGGCUGUGAUUUUUCAACCAUGAGUUACUUAUUUGCAUUGAUCAUCACAACAUGAUAUGAAACGGACAUAUUACGACUUCCUCUGAUAAACUCUGUUCUCAGAGGAUAAAACACUUUGAAUACAACUAUUGUACCAUGCUUUAAUUUCUGAGUGAAAACUUGAAAGUGUUGUCUUUUAAUGGUCUUUAGCUAUUGCCAUCACAUACUUAUAGAUGAAAAAGGGACAUAAGAGACAUGAAUGCAUUUUCAAAUUAGAAAUAAACCAUUAUGAGAUCACACUUUUCUUUUAAUUUCAAUCUUUAAUUGUUAUCUAUCAAAAUGCAUUCUGUUCUUGGUACUAUAGAUCUGCAUAUUGUGACAGUACCACCAUAAAUAUUCACAGCCCCUUCUUUGGUUAUUGCUCCCGUGUUAAAGAUGGAUAAAAUCCUAAAUAAAUCAUGUUUUAUUGCAGCAAAAUAAUAUCCCACUGAAAAAUUGCAGAAAAAUCCAACCUCAAAUUGAGUACAUUUAUUCAGUGAGGAAAAUAAUCAUCUGCUGUGUUGCUACCGGAUUUGAAUCCAAAUGGUUCUGGUUUUUCAGAGACAUCAAAAUGCCCACACACAUGAGCCCACAGCGUCACAGAUCCUCCACUGUUCUUAACGGUAAGCAUAAGGUGUGUUUCCACCCAAUAAUAAAUUGUGUUACACUGGACCCACCUUGAAUGUUUACUACAAAAAAGGUCAAUCUCAGUCUUAUUUAAUAAAAGCGUUAUCCAGAGCCAUUUCUAACUUUGCACCGACUCUCUCAGAUUUGCCCAGAGCUGCAAAACCUGCAUGAUCCUUUAAGAAAGAUUCAAUAUCUGGUAUGUAAGAUUGGUUUAUUUUUUUGUUAGAGAACCAUUGUUUAAUUUCUGUGUUUAGAUUUUAAAACAAAGAAAGAAUGAAUACAAAGAGAGAGCCUUUGACACCUUAUUGAUCCAUGUCUGGAUUCAAUUAAAGCAACCAAACUCAGACAUUUCUCUGAACAACAUGGACAUGAUGAGUCAAGGGAGAGUCGUUCAGUGGGAGCACGUUUUCCACAGUCUUCAGGAACGUGGAAAUCCCAUUUUUUAGAUAUAGUGAGGUAGUCUGAGUUAGACCUUUGCAUAUGUGAAUAGAAUUUUUUUUUUGCAACCUAUAGGUGAUGUAGAUAGAAAUUGUUGCUUUUGUACAAAGUAUUUGAUGUUUCUUUUAGUCUUCUAAAUUAAUAUUCUUGACAAGUUUGGUAAAAAUGUGUUUUUUGUACAUAGCUUCAGCGUUAUUUACUAGCUAUGCUGGCAUCUGCAAUUUAAAGAGAUAUAAGGUAUCAUUUUUAUUUUGAAAACGGCAUGUAUCAUCCCUCAUACAGAUCUCUGCUUCACAUGUAAUAAGCUAUGUUACAUUUCAAUUUUUCAUUUCAACUCUGCGUAAAUUUAUUGUGAUGACAUCUAUCUAUUUGUAUUUAUUAAUGUCUUAGCCUAAAUAAACCUGCUCAAGUGAAGCUCAGUUUUA